UGUGAAGCAAAGGCCACAGAAGAAUACCAAGAGACAGGUAUAAGUUAUGAACAAAAUGGAUGGCAUUGUGAGGGAGAGGGCUCCCCGUAGACCUGAUGAUCUACUGGAUAAGAGGAGGGGUACGGGAGCCCACAUAACAACACUGGCAGCCACACAGCUGUGGUGCGUUGCUAAACGAAUCUGGCCAGUUGUUAGAGUGAUGUGGAAUAGAGUGGGAGGACGGGAGCAAGCUGCACAGCAAGGGGACGCAGUGGACCGGGGGGUACAGCAAGGAGAUACAGGGGAGGGGGGAGAGGCGCUGAGGACAGACAUGGUCGAGCUUCAGCAGCAGGAUGAAAAGCGACAGAAUUAUGCUGUGCCGGAAUUAGAAAGAUUGGGGCCGAUUGCACAGAAAGAAGAGGCGACGAAUGGAAGGAAGGCACUACAGGGUGGCUCGGUCGGGACUCAGCAGCAGCAAGGAGAGCAAUCCGGUGCCUUACAAGGAUCAGAGAGCGGGGAGGUGGUAGGGCAGACGGACGAAAGGGCCACCCAAUCCGCCCAUGAGGGGGGAGGGGGGGAGAGGGUGCCAAAAACACCAGGGUGUACCGGACUGGAAGCAGUACAGGCUGCACAGGACCUGGAGGAACAUCUAUGCAGACAAUACACCUUCAGGCCCCCACGAGCAGAAGACCCCUUCCAACAGGCCUUCGGUCCAGAACCAAUGGAGGUGGAAGGGCCAGACCCCCUGGCAAAUGAGACAGCCACACCGCCGGAAGUGAUCAUGACCGACCCUACACCAGAGACACACGGGGAGACAGAGGAUAGGGUGAAGAUCCUGACGGAGUGGCUCUAUGAACAAUUAAAGGGCCACUAUGCACACUUUACCCCACGGGCUACCCCAGCCAGCCAGGUGGCAGGAAACCUGGCACCGGGUCUGGUGCAUUGUUCAUAGCCAAUUCCAUUGUUCCCCCCCCACCCGGGUCUGGUGCAUUGUUCAUAGCCAAUUCCAUUGUUCCCCCCCCACCCAGAAAGGGAGCAGACCUCGCAGAGAGACACC